GCAGUAAGCGAACAAACCUUUCAUAAAAAAUACAUCGGUAAUAGUCGGUAAUGCUGACAUGAUAAUUCAUGACAAUUUCAGCAAUAUGGCGUUCACGUUGUGGACACUCUUUGAAGCAACUCUGUUAUGUUUAAAUGCGGUCUGUGUUCUAAACGAGGAAAGAUUUCUUGCGAAAGUUGGUUGGGCGUCGUGGCAAAAUGUACAAGGAUUUGGAGAACCUCCGACAGCUAAGUCGCAAAUAUUAAAUCUCAUUAAGUCCAUACGAACUGUGAUGAGGGUUCCUCUGAUAUUCUUCAAUAUCUUGACAUUAGUUGUAAAGCUCGUACUUGGUUGAUAAAGAAGAGAUAUAGGACAGGAAUGUGUGAAUGGAAUGCGCUGUAUGCAAGUCUACUUGUUAAAAAUAAUGUGUGUAUACAAAAGAAUCAUUAAAUUAU